AUGCCCAAGGCCAAGGGUGAACGCUCUGUGAGCGCCCGAAAGAACCCUAUCGCAGGUCGAUCUUCUCGACGUCUCCAGAAGUCUUCGGAUGCUGCCCCCAAGAAGACUAACAACAAGAAGUCCGUCAAGGAGGAGCGGGUUCACGAAUCCGAAAGUGAUGACGAGGAGACCGCGCAUGAUUCUGAGGAUGACCAGUCAACUGCCGGAGACGCACCCUCUGACGAAUCUGUCAAUGACUCUGCUGAUGGCGAGGGCAACGCUCUUGUGCCCGCCUUAGAGAACAUGGCUCUUACCAUGCCUCAGCAGCCAGCACCACCCGGUUGGACCUACCAACUCGUGCCCAUUACUUACCAAGGCGAGACCGCUGGUCAGGCCGCCUUCCGACUAUUUGGUAAAUCCUUGAACAUCGAAAGCGCUCUCACCAAGAGACUGUAUGAUGAACAGUCACUCCGUCCGGUUCAACAACGUAACCGAAAAACCAAACUCAACAUGACGCGACGUAGCAACGCUGAAGCUCUCCUCGCUCACAUUACCGGCGUACAAGUUCAACAACCUUGUAAGAACUGCUCAGGUGGUCACGGACCUUGGAAAGAGUGUGUUAUCUACGACGGGGAGAUGUGCGGUAGCUGCACCAACUAUAACAAUCAGACUUGUUUCUUUCUGCCGGCCCCAUUCUCCAUGCUCCAACCCGAAGGAAUGCCUGCGCUGCCCAUGGGUGUGUCUCCUAUGCUCACUGGCUCUAGCCAAUACUACUUGGGCUACAACAACCAGCAGUCACUUGCUCAGCCCUCAACCGCCCUCGACCGCCUGCAGAGUAUCGGCGCCAUCGCGAGUGGAAUUUCCUCAAAUCCUAUGGAUAGACUUAUCGGCCGAGUCGAAAGUGCUGCUAUCGAGCUUGGCAACCGUAUUGGGGAAUUCCAAGAGUUCAUUCAAACCCCUCAGGGACACCUCAUGAUGACCCAACGUACAACUCAGAUGGCCACUCCUGCUCUUUCGAGUGUCGAAGAGCUUGCCUCCGACCAUGAGAACUAA